ACCUUUAUUUUGGCACUUCCGGAGCUCUCAGAAGCGGAAGCGGUUCAGUGCGUCCACACGUGUGUUCGAAAACUGCCGAAAAUGGGGAAAAGCGACAAACUACAGCAGAGAUCGAAGUUUAAAGGCGGAGGGAAGCGGAAACACGGCAAGUGUGUGCUGAUGUUCGACGACAAGGACCGACAGGAUUUCCUGACAGGUUUCCACAAGCGGAAGCUGGAGCGGCGCAGAGCAGCCCUGGAGGAGAUGAAGAGCAAACUGAAGGAGGAGCAGAAACGCCUCAGAGAGGAGAGACGCAAGGAGUAUCUGAAGAUGCUGCAGGAGCGACGCCAGGCUCUAGAUGAGGCAGACGAGCUGGAGGAGGCGAUCACAGCGACCACGGAGUGUGUUCAGUACGAUCAUCCAAACCACACCGUCACCGUGACGACCAUCAGCGACCUCGACCUAUCAGCAGACAGAUUACUGGAGCCAGCACAGAGAGAUGAAGGUGAUGCUGAGGAGCGAGAGAGAACUGAAGCUCUUCCCAAGCAAGCUGGAAACCCUCUGCUGUCCAAGAAGAUUCAGAGCCUCACGGCGUCCCUCAACAGUCUGGUUAAACAGAAGAAGAGGAGAAAACAGAAGCGGAGACAGGAAGCCAAGAGGAGGAGUCAUCAGAGCGACAGGAAGUCGUCAUCAUCAUCAUCGUCUGUCCACAACAACAAGCAGAAACAAUGCAAGAGCACCAAGAGGCAGCGGCGCAGGCAGACCGGCCGCAACGAGCGCGGUCAGGACUGAACAAUCACCACAGACCCAACCACCUGCUGAAUCACUGCAUCAAUGACUCUCUGAAUCAGUGAACAGGCUCUCUGAAUCAGCACAUUGCUGAACUCCUCUUUAAAGUGGCGUAUGUUCAUCUCGGAGCGUCUUAUUGAGUUAUUCCCAGUAUAUAACUGCCUUUUCUAUGUGCUGAGACCUGCAUUACAGCGUCAUUAAAGGAACACUCCUGCUGUACACUA